AUGACCGACCAAGAAUUCGCUAUAAGAAAAUCAUUCGCACAUUCUGAAUUAGUCAUGCACGUGAACGGCCUGUUACCCGGGGAAAGUUUCAAAAGUUUGUAUACGUUUUUCGCGUAUGCACUUAUGAUAGGCUUCAAUAUUUUGUUGCCCGUUCUGGGUUACAUUAAUCUUUUUAAAGCUGAUCCAGAAGAAAGAUUUACUCUGCUGAGUAACAGUUUUAUCUACAUGGAAUUGUUUAUUUUGGUGUUCAAAAAUUGGUCGUUAAUAGUUACACCGGAUUUAACCAAAAAAAUGCUUAACCGAUGGAACGAUGACAUUUUUAACACUCAAGUGGAUGAAGACAAGCACAUCAUCGAUGAAGCUGUUCGAGAUCAUCGUAUAAAGUAUAUCUUAUAUUUCAUCUUGACCGCUUCAGCACCCGCUUCUCUACUGUUAAACAUUAUAUUUUCUGCUCACGAUAAAUUGCAAUUACCAAUUUGGCUGCCCAUGGAUAUUUAUAAUAAUACCUUGCGAUAUACUCUCGUUAAUGUGUAUAUUAUUAUCGGUUAUACACAUGGAGUUUUUGGGCAUUUUGCUAUAGAUUUUCUUCUAUCAAGUUUAAUGUUGUAUUGUGCUAGUCAGCUUAGACUUAUUAAGUACAAACUGGAAAAUAUGGAAAAAUAUUUUGAAGAAGAUCUAUUGUGCAUUUCCGAUGAAAUUUUUAAUGAUAAGUUGCUUCAAAAGAAAGUGUAUGAUAAAAUUACGCAAUGCGCCAAAGUUUAUGAUUCUAUUUAUUCGUAUGUUCAAGAAUUGGAAGAAAUUUAUUCAGGCGGAGUAUUUUCUCAAUUUUUGGUCGGAUCAAUGGUUCUUUCUAUUUGUCUAUAUAAUAUUUCAAAGACACAAUCGUUGGAUUUGGAAUUAAUAUACGCAUUGAGUUUUCUUCUACCCAUGACUUAUUCAUUAUAUUUAUACUGUAAUCAAGGAACUCUUGUGAUUGAAGAAAGUUUAACAAUUGGAGACGCUAUAAUUAAAAGUCCAUGGUAUAAUUAUGACAUGAAAUCAAAAAGAUUACUGAUGAUUUUAAUCGAAAGAUCUAAAAAACCUAUUAAUUUUUCAGCUGGAAAAAUAGUGGAAUUAUCAUUGGAAACAUUCGUUCUCAUUGUGAAACGAUCGUACUCACUACUUGCUGUGCUGAGAAACUAUUAA